CACUUAGUGUUUGAAGUGAGAGAAAGUGAGGAGAGAGGGUUAUGGGUUUUCUCUAUGGCACUGCUGUUAUCACACCAAACAUCCUGUCUUGAGGAUGCCAGUGAAGCCUUGACUCUGUUGAUGUGUUGAGUGUGUCUGGUGAUGAUGAAAACAUAUGAAAGUGGAUUGAUUAUACACCCAUCUUAUCACAUAGAUUCUGUAGGUAACGUUAUAUUUUAAUCAAAAUGGAGAACCAGAAAGCAAGAAAAAGUUCAAGCAGCUCGCGGAGUAGCAGCAGCAGCAGCAGUAGCAGUGAGGAGACAUUUCAGGAAACAGAAGUGAUGGAAACUAGUCAAAUGGAGCAGCAAUAUGGCAAGGAAGGGGAAACCUGGAAGGAGUCCCUUAGCCAGGCAUGGAGAAAUUCCCUUGGAGAAGUGGAUGAGGAGCAUCACAAUGGCCAUGUGGAGACCAGCAAUGCCAAUGUCCAGCCCUCAACCAUGCAGAUGUUCCAAAGUGAAGCAGUGACUUCUGCCCAGCAAGAAUUACAAGAAUUAUUACCCAAAAGUGAAACAGUGACUUCUGCCCAGCAAGAAUCACCAUUGUCCUUACCAAAAAGUGAAACAUUUACCUCUUAUGUCUGUCAAGUGUCCCAAGAAUCUGUGUCCAAGAGUGAAACAGUAACUCCAUAUUAUGUCCAGCAGAGCCAACAGAUCCAAGAGUUAUCAAGCAGCAGUUCAAGGAUUCGUGUCUCCUCCAGCAGCUCAUCCCAAGGUGCUGCUGAUGGCAGCAAGGAGCAAGUGAGAAGCAGCAACAGGAGUACACGAAAAAGUACAAGUGAAUGCUCAAGCCAGGAGUCUGAUGGGGAUUCAUUUAGUAGCACUCCUGUGUCCCCUGUGAGCAGCAAGCCACCAGCAAUCCAGCACAUUAUAAAGGAGUCAUCACUGUCCUCAGGCAGUAGUAUUGUAGGCAGAGAUCCUCCUGUCUCUGGCAAUGAACCGGUCCUCAAUGAGAUUAAGUUUGAGCUCACCAGUUGGCCAUCCAGAACACAGUCCAUCCGCAUGGUGAAGGUAAAGGCGCACAAGCCCGCAUCCCAGACCUUGAGCCAUGACUCCUCAGUGCAGGGUAUUUACACUGGACUCAUGGAACGUCACAUUAAGGAGCUCAAAGAUGAACGAGAGAGUGUCCAGAAGAAGACCUUUAUGAAGUGGGUCAACUCGCACCUGGUCAGAGUCAGCACACGCAUCGGUGACCUCUAUGUUGACCUUCGGGAUGGCAAGCAGCUCAUCAAACUGCUGGAAAUCCUGUCAGGGGAGCGCCUGCCACGGCCGACCAAAGGCAAGAUGCGCAUCCACUGUUUGGAGAAUGUGGACAAAGCACUACAGUUCCUGCGGGAUCAGCGAGUGCACCUGGAAAACAUGGGUUCCCAUGACAUAGUGGACGGCAAUGCCCGCCUCACCCUGGGUCUCAUCUGGACCAUCAUCCUCCGCUUCCAGAUCCAGGAUAUCACCAUCGAGGAAACAGAAAACCAAGAGACCAAGAGUGCCAAGGAUGCUCUGCUCCUCUGGUGCCAGAUGAAGACUGCUGGCUACCACAAUGUCAACAUCAGGAACUUUACCACCUCCUGGAGAGAUGGUCUUGCCUUCAAUGCCAUCAUCCACAAGCACCGUCCAGACUUGGUGCAGUAUGAGAAGCUUUCACGCUCAAAUCCCAUCCACAAUCUCAAUAAUGCCUUCAACAUAGCUGAGAACAAACUUGGACUUACUAAGCUUUUAGAUGCAGAGGAUAUUUUUGUUGAACAGCCUGAUGAGAAGUCCAUCAUUACCUAUGUUGUCACCUACUACCACUACUUCUCUAAACUAAAGCAAGAGACCGUGCAGGGUAAACGUAUUGGCAAAGUGGUUGGCAUUGCCAUGGAGAAUGACAGGAUGAUCAAAGAAUAUGAGAGUCUAACAUCAGAUCUUCUCAAAUGGAUUGAGACAACAAUUGAAAGCCUAAAUGAUAGAGCCUUCUCCAACUCUUUGACUGGAGUACAGACCCAGCUGACACAGUUCAACACCUACCGCACAGUGGAAAAGCCUCCUAAGUUUGUGGAGAAGGGCAACCUUGAGGUGCUGCUCUUCACUCUGCAAUCCAAGAUGAGAGCCAACAAUCAGAAGCCUUACCUACCCAAGGAGGGCAAGAUGAUCAGUGACAUCAACAAGGCCUGGGAACGCCUUGAAAAAGCUGAGCAUGAAAGGGAGUUGGCUCUGAGAGAGGAACUCAUCCGUCAGGAAAAACUGGAGCAGUUGGCUGCUAGAUUUAAUCGCAAGGCAGGGAUGAGGGAGACCUGGCUGUCGGAGAACCAACGUCUUGUUUCUCAGGAUAACUUCGGCUUUGACUUGGCAGCUGUUGAGGCGGCAGCCAAGAAACACGAGGCCAUCGAGACAGACAUCUUUGCCUAUGAGGAGCGUGUGCAGGCUGUUGUUGCUGUGGCACAAGAGUUGGAAGCAGAGAAUUACCAUGAUAUUGAGCGCAUUAAUGCCAGGAAAGACAACGUACUCCGGUUAUGGAACUAUUUGCUUGAAUUACUGCGCCUCCGACGCAUGAGGCUGGAACUGUCCUUACAAUUGCAGCAGAACUUCCAAGAGAUGAUCUACAUCCUGGACUCUAUGGAGGAUAUGAAGGUCCGUCUCUUGAGUGAAGACUAUGGCAAGCACCUCAUGGGAGUGGAAGACUUGCUGCAGAAACACUCCUUGCUUGAGGCAGACAUCAAUGUGCUGGGUGAGCGUGUCAAGACAGUCAUUGAACACUCCCAGAGGUUCCUUGAUGAUGAACAAGUGGAGGGUUACCGUCCAUGUGACCCAUCAAUUGUGCUAGAGCGAGUACAACAACUGGAAGAUGCCUAUGGCGAGCUUGUCAAGCUGGCCGUGGAGCGCAGGCUUCGACUAGAGGAGUCUCGCAAGCUGUGGCAGUUUUAUUGGGACAUGGCAGAGGAAGAGAAUUGGAUCAAGGAGAAAGAACAGAUUCUAUCCACAUCCGACAUUGGUCAUGACCUUAUCACAGUCAACUUGUUGCUGACAAAACACAAAACAGUGGAGGAAGAACUUCUGUCUCAUGAACCUCAGCUCAUGGCUGUUGUCAAGAUAGGUGAAGAGCUCAUAGCACAACAACACUUUGGUUCUGACAAAAUUCAGGAAAGAAUUGAUGAGAUAAUGGGAAUGUGGAACAACCUCAAGGAAAGGUCAGCCAAUCGCAAAAAGCGACUGACAGAUGCUGUGGAUCUGCACCAGUUCUACACAGAGGCUGAUGAUGUUGACACCUGGAUGCUGGAUAUUCUCCGCCUUGUCUCCAGUGAAGACACUGGCCGAGAUGAGGCAACUGUUCAGUCUCUCCUCAAGAAACACAAGGAUGUUACAGAAGAGUUGAAGAACUAUGCUUCAACCAUCGAGGCUCUUCACCAUCAAGCUUCUGAACUCAAUGAGAUUGACAGAGAAUCUCCAGAUGUAGUUGAGAGACUUGCCUCAAUUGACAGGAGAUACAAGGAAUUGUUAGAGUUGGCUAAGAUGAGGAAACAGAGGCUCCUGGAUGCUCUCUCACUUUACAAGCUUUUCACAGAAGCUGAUGGAGUGGAACAAUGGAUUGGGGAGAAGGAGCGCAUGCUGCAGACAAUGGUGCCAGCAAAGGAUAUUGAAGACUGUGAGAUCAUGAAACACAGGUAUGAAGGAUUUGAACAGGAGAUGAAUGCCAAUGCAAGCAGAGUGGCUGUGGUGAAUCAACUUGCCCGCCAGUUGCUGCAUGUAGAGCAUCCUAACUCCGAAGACAUUAUUGCUCGCCAGAAUCAGCUGAACCAGAGGUGGGCAGAGCUUCGAGAAAAGGCAGAGAACAAGCGUGAGGAACUCAAUUCUGCUCAUGGUGUUCAGACAUUCCAUAUUGAAUGCAGAGAGACUGUUUUGUGGAUUGAGGACAAGAAGAGAGUCCUAAUGGAGACUGCUGACCUGGGAACUGACCUGAGUGGCAUAAUGACUCUGCAGCGACGUCUGUCUGGCAUGGAGCGUGACUUGGCUGCUAUCCAAGCCAAGCUGGACUCUCUUGAAAAGGAGGCUGACAAGAUCAGCCAGGAGCACCCUGAGGAGGCUGAACUUAUCCGUGAGCGUGUAGAACAGAUUCGUGCUGUGUGGGACCAACUGACUCAGCUGUUAAAGGAGCGUGAUGCUAAGCUGGAAGAGGCUGGUGACCUCCACCGCUUCCUGCGUGACCUUGAUCACUUCCAGGCUUGGCUUACCAAGACCAUGACUGAUGUUGCUUCUGAAGAUAUUCCAUCCAACCUUGCUGAAGCUGAGAAGCUGCUGAGCCAGCAUCAGUCCAUCCGAGAGGAAAUUGACAACUACACAGAGGACUACACCAAGAUGAUGGAAUAUGGUGAACGCAUCACUGCAGAAGAUGUCACUCCUGCAGAUGAUGCUCAGUAUAUGUUCCUAAGGGAGCGUCUCAAGGCCCUCAAGGAUGGCUGGGCUGAGCUUCAUCAGAUGUGGGAGAACAGGCAACAGCUCUUGUCUCAGUCUCUCAACUUACAGAUGUUCUUGCGUGAUGCUAAGCAAGGAGAGGUGCUCCUGAGUCAACAAGAACACUACCUGAGCAAAGAUGAAACACCUGCUAACUUGGAACAGGCAGAGAACCUUAUCAAGAGACAUGAAGCUUUCCUUACCACCAUGGAAGCAAAUGAUGAAAAGAUCAAUGGAAUUUGUCAGUUUGCACAGAGGCUUUUGGAUGAGGAACACUUUGCUGCAGAUAAGAUCCAGAAGAAGGCCGAGAACAUUGAAGAAAGGCGACAACAGAACAGAGAACGAGCUAUGGAACAGAUGGAACGAUUACGGGACCAACUGCAGGUGCAUCAGUUCCUCCAAGACUGUGAGGAACUCAAUGAUUGGGUGCAGGAGAAACAUAUUAUUGCCCAAGAUGAGAGCUACCGUUCAGCCAAGACUGUUCACAGCAAGUGGACUCGGCACCAAGCAUUUGAAGCAGAGAUUGCUAGCAACAAAGACAGACUUGUAAGAGUGCAGCAAGCUGGAGAGGAAUUAGUUAAGGAGAAGCCAGAAAUGGCCGAGAUGAUCGGACCGAAGAUCACAGAGCUAAACCAACACUUCGAAGACCUUGAAAGCACGACCAAGGAGAAGGGCGAACGACUCUUUGAUGCCAACAGGCAAGUUCUUUACGAACAGACAUGCGACGAUAUCGACACAUGGAUGAGUGACCUCGAGAAGCAGAUUGAGGGAGGAGACACAGGGAUGGACUUGACUUCUGUAAAUAUCCUGAUGCAGAAGCAGCAAAUGAUUGAAACACAAAUGGCAGUCAAAGCCAAACAGGUGGAGCAGUUGGAGAGUCAGGCUGACUAUCUGCAGCGCAUGACUCCAGACAAGACAGAAGAGAUCAAGCUGAUGAAGUCCAAGGUGGAGCAAAAGUUCGAGUCCCUGAAGGCACCUCUCGUCGAUCGUAACACAGCCCUGGGCAAGAAGAAGGAGGCAUUCCAGUUCAGGCGAGAUGUGGAGGAUGAGAAGCUUUGGAUCCAGGAGAAGAUGCCUCAGGCCACCAGCACUGAUUAUGGCAACUCCCUCUUCACCGUCCACAUGCUGAAGAAGAAGUUACAGAGUUUAAGCACAGAGAUUGACAACCAUGAGCCAAGGAUCAACCUCGUAUGUGAUAAUGGCCGUAAGCUUAUUGAGGAGGGACAUGUCGAUGCUGAUGAGUUCCAUAAGUUGCUGGAGGAGCUGCUGGAUCACUGGACCAAGCUGAAGGAUGCCAUGGAAUUCAGACGUUCCAAACUUGCUGUCUCUGAAAAGGCUCAGCAGUAUCUCUUUGAUGCCAGUGAGGCUGAGGUAUGGAUGAGUGAGCAAGAGCUGUACAUGAUGGUGGAGGACAGAGGCAAGGAUGAACUUUCAGCCCAGAACUUAAUGAAGAAGCACCAGAGCCUUGAGAGUGCUGUCACCGACUAUGCAGAGACCAUCCGACAGCUUGGUGAGACUGCCAGACACCUCAUUAGUGAAGAACACCCUGACAGUGAACAAAUCAGCAAAAGACAGUCCCAGAUUGACAAGCUGUAUGCUGGCCUUCGUGACUUGGCAGUGGAGCGACGCAGCAAGCUUGAUGAGGCUUUGAAGUUGUUUAUGUUGAACCGGGAAGUGGAUGACCUUGAGCAGUGGAUUGCCGAGAGGGAGGUUGUGGCUGGCUCACAUGAACUUGGCCAGGACUAUGAUCAUGUCACGAUGCUCCGAGACAGAUUCAAGGACUUUGCACGAGACACAGAAACCAUUGGGAAUGAGAGAGUAGCUGCAGUCAAUGAGAUUGCUGACCAGCUCAUUUCUGCUGGCCACUCUGAUGCUGCCACCAUAGCAUUAUGGAAGGAUGGCCUCAAUGAGUCUUGGGCUGAUCUUCUGGAGCUCAUUGAUACCCGCACACAGAUGCUCGCUGCCUCUUGGGAGCUUCACAAGUUCUUCCAUGACUGUAAGGAUGUGUUGAGUCGCAUUCUCGAGAAGCAGAACAGCAUCUCAGACGAACUCGGCAGAGAUGCUGGAUCAGUGUCGGCCCUGCAGAGAAAGCACCAGAACUUUGUCCAAGACUUGGUCAUGCUUCAGCAACAGGUUCAACAAGUUCAGGAUGACUCUUCCAAGCUACAAGCUGCAUAUGCGGGUGACAAAGCCAGGGAAAUCACAAACCGUGAGGCAGAGGUUGUGUCUGCCUGGUUGAACUUGCAGGGAAUGUGUGAAGAUCGCAGAGUUAAGCUCAGUGACACAGGAGACUUGUUCAAGUUCUUCAACAUGGUGCGCACACUCAUACUGUGGAUGGAUGAUGUUAUCAGACAGAUGAACACUACUGAGAAACCAAGGGAUGUUAGUGGUGUUGAGUUGCUGAUGAACAAUCACCAGAGUUUGAAAGCAGAAGUGGAUGCCAGAGAAGAUAAUUUCAACGUCUGUGUGUCCCUUGGGAAGGAGCUGCUUGCCCGCAACCACUACGCCACACCAGAGAUCAAGGAGAAGCUCAUGUCACUCAGCAACCAGCGCAUCAACAUGCUGCAGCGCUGGGAGGAAAGAUGGGAGCACUUACAGCUCAUUUUGGAGGUGUACCAGUUUGCUCGCGAUGCAUCAGUGGCAGAGAGUUGGCUCCUGGCACAGGAACCUUAUCUAUUAUCAGCUGAGUGUGGGCAAUCUAUUGAUGAAGUUGAAAACCUGAUCAAGAAGCAUGAGGCAUUUGACAAGGCCUGUACGGCCCAGGAGGAGAGGUUUGCUGCCCUGGAAAGACUGACCACACUUGAAAUAAAAACAAAGUGUGGUUCCGACUCUUCCUCUAAGAACAGAGAUUGGACCAACUGUCGUCGCCUUUCCCUGCCACCCUACUCCCCCCGCCCUAACAGUCCUCACCGCAGCUCCUCCCCAACCUUUGUGCACCCCUUCUUUACUGCCUUCUCUUGCCCAUCCUUGAGCCUCUUACACUCCAGGCAGGUCAACAGCCAGUGGAAGGUGCCGGACAUUAGGGUUCAUUUCCCUGUCGUCAAUAAUAUAAAAAAGCGAAAGCGCCUUAACUCACUCUCAAACCCUCAAUUAUCGCAGACCAUUCACGCUAAAGAUUCUGAAACAAAUGGUUUAUUUUCUGAAUUGCGUUUUCAGCGGGGUAAUUAUUUUGAAGAUCAAAGACACAGUAUUCCUUCAUGCUUUCCCUUGCAAUCAUAUACAGCUACUUCCCUUGCUUUGAACACAUCACUGAGUACUGCUCAGUCAUUAGAGGAUUUGGACAAGAGAGAGUCUAAGUCAUUAGUUGAUUCUAGUGAAGACUGGGAAGAUAAGUCUUUCAGUCCAGUUCAGGAAUUUAUUUGUGUGGAUAAAUAUGAAGCGCCUUAUUUAGAAGAAUCAGUUUGUCGGAUUUCCACUUUCUGUCUUCACAAUGAGAAUAGGAGUAGCAGUCCUGAUGGGAGUGGUGAGGUUUAUGCAUCUCAAGGGAACUGUAGGUUACAUAGACAGGGUCCAUUGUUAGGCUACACAGACUCCAUGGAAGACAGCACUACACUGCCACCGAUCUAUGAACUAGAGGGUGAAGAGUCUGAAGUAACAGAGUUGAUAAGCUCACCAAGAUCUAGUCAGUUUUGGAGCACUGAAUGCCUUGAUGGUGCAGUGGAAAGAAGCAAGACACCUACUUCUUACUCACAAAGACAAGCAUGUAGUGAUUCUUGUGCUCAGUAUUACUCUAAUAAUGAUUCCAUCAUGACCUAUUAUUCCGUGGUACCUCCUGGAGAAGGAAGAGAAAGUGUGCGUAAUGUUGACCACUUGGUAGAUAGGCUGGAUGUGAAGCAUGCACAAGGUUGUUCCUCUCCUGCCUCACCCUUCCCUCUCACCCCACCCAACACUUGUGACUCCUCUCCUAAGUUGAAUAACAUUAAAACCCCAGCAAGAAAUAACCUGCAUGCUCUGUCUGAUGUGGAGGUAAAGUACUGAUCUGUGUUGGGAUGC